GCGGCCCGUUACUAACCACUGCACCGCGCAGGAGCUCUGGCAACAACCACAACGGAGGAUUGGAGCAUAGCAAUACUGCCAGCGAAAUAACAACAGAGAAACAUAGCUGUCUGAAUACAAGGAUGGCAGUGAAUGUGCACGCCACGUCUGUGUCCUGUGACACCCUGAGCCGACAUGACAUGUUGGCCUGGCUCAACGACUCCCUGCACCUCACCUACACCAAGAUAGAACAGCUCUGCUCGGGGGCAGCGUACUGUCAGUUCAUGGACAUGCUGUUUCCAGGCUGUGUCCUUCUAAAGAAGGUCAAGUUCCAGGCCAAGCUGGAACACGAGUUCAUACACAACUUCAAGGUUCUCCAGGCUGCCUUCAAGAGGAUGGGCGUUGACAAAAUAAUUCCCGUGGAGAAGCUGGUAAAAGGAAAGUUCCAGGAUAACUUUGAGUUCGUGCAGUGGUUCAAGAAAUUCUUUGACGCCAACUAUGAUGGGAAGGAGUACGACCCGCUACAGGCCAGACAGGGACAAGAUGUGAACCCCGCCCCCAAUCCAGGUGAUCACUUUUCCCACAGACCAAAGAGAACUCAUGGCCCUGCAGGCCCCCAGAGGCACUCGCCCACGGUGCCCAAGAUCCUACCCACGCCCCAGAGGGUGCUGAACACCACUGUGCAUGUGAGGAAGGCCCCGGCCCUGACGCGGAACGGAGGCACAGACGUGGAACUCUUGGAGCUAAAUCAACAGUUGAUGGAGCUGAAGUUAACGGUGGACGGACUAGAGAAGGAGAGAGAUUUCUACUUCAGUAAGCUGAGAGACAUUGAGCUGAUCUGUCAGGAACACGAGAGUGACACCAACCCUCACCUCUCCAGGAUCAUGGACAUUCUCUACGCCACAGAGGAUGGCUUUGCUGCUCCAGAUGAUGACGAGAUUGAUGGACAGGCCCACUUGGACCAGGAUGAAUACUGAGUCUCUAAUACCUUCUGUCUAUUCACAUCCCCCUCUCCCUCCUCUAAUAGCUUCUGUCUAUUCACAUUCCCCUCUCCCUCCUCUAAUAGCUUCUGUCUAUUCACAUCCCCCUCUCCCUCCUCUAAUACCUUCUGUCUAUUCACAUCCCCCUCUCCCUCCUCUAAUACCUUCUGUCUAUUCACAUCCCCCUCUCCCUCCUCUAAUACCUUCUGUCUAUUCACAUCCCCCUCUCCCUCCUCUAAUAGCUUCUGUCUAUCCACAUCCCCCUCUCCCUCCUCUAAUAGCUUCUGUCUAUUCACAUCUCCCUCUCCCUCCUCUAAACCCUUCUGUCUAUCCACAUCCACCUCCCUCCCUCUCUCUCUCUCUCUCUCUCUCUGUCUCUCUGUCUCACUCUCUCUUUCUCUCUCUUUCUCUCUCUCUCUCUCUCUCUCUCUCUCUCUCUCUCUCCCUCUCUCGCUCUGUCUCUCUGUCUCUCUCUCUCUCUCUCUCUCUCUGUCUCUCUCUCUCUCUCUCUUUCUUUCUUUCUCUCUCUCUCUCUCUCUCUCUCUCUCUCUCUCUCUCUCUCUCUCUCUCUCUCUCUCUCUCUCUCUUUCUCUCUCUCUCUCUCUCUCUGCCUCUCUUUGCCUCUCCCUCUCUUUUGCCCCUCUCUUGUUCUUGUUCUAUCUCUUUUCAUAUGUAUAUAUGUGUGUCUCCUCCUUCCCCCUCGGCAAUGUACUGUACAUACACCAUUACAUCUCAUAAGCUACCCCUCGCUCCCUCCCCAAUGACACAGUAGCAGCAACAAUAACAGAACAUAUCCUAGUCGUUCCAGCAUGGUACAUAGUAACACAGAAUAAUGACCCAAACCAAGGUGAUAUUAAUGGGGGUGUUAGGCCUGCACAAUUCAUUCAGAGUUGUAAAUAUGACAAAAAAGGAACGAUUUUGAAAUAAGGUAGAUGUCUGAAUGUAUUUGUUUGUUUGUCUUUUGGUUUGACUCGCGCUUUUUCUAAAACUAAUUUUGGUUCUAUUCCGGAGUGUAGAAAGCACCUUGUGCAUGUUAUUGUAUUACAGGGUACCACAAGAGUCCUAAAAUAGACUAACAAAAUCACCUAUGACAACAAAUUAUAUUUAAUUGGUUUUUACUUUCUUAUUUAUUGAUUUGGAUUUGAACUACUAUCGGUACAAUAAUUGGUGCAAAAUGUAUGUAAAUGAAACAAUACUAUAACUUAUGCUCAUGCUAGUGAAAAGGCUUAAGCUUUUUGUUUCAGUUGAUGGCAUGUAGUAACGUCAAGGGAAACUUCAUAAAAGAAAGUGGUCCAGAAAUAAUAAUUUAGGUAUAGGAUAUGACCAAUGCUCUUUCACUGUACUCAUUCUGGAAUAGCUAUAUUUGAACAUGAGAAUGUCAUAAAUGAACAGGAAAUGGCCGAUAUAUUCAUAAACUAAUUUAUGUGGAGAUGUUAUGUUCAAAUAGAAGUGUCUGGGUACAUGCCAUGGUAUUUAUUAUGUAUAAUGAGUUUAACAUUAAUUUGGUAUUAACAAUACCUGAGUUACUACGUAGGCUGACUAUGGCAGCAAAUUUUUUUUUUUUUUUUAAUUUAACUGUAAAAAUGUGUUGUUUUUAAAAGAGCCUGAAAACAAUGAUUUACUUUGAUUUGAUCAUAUCACGUUUCUGCUGCUAAUUUUGCUGUGUUUCUACUUUUUGCUAUAAUAUAUUGCUCAGCUGUAAUGAGUCGUCUUACUAAUUUCAUGUAUGAGUUUAGAGAAUGAGGAAGUCAGGAGGUUGCGUCCCAAAUCAAGUUCAAGUUUUAGUACAGUGAAAUACUUAACUUGUAUGCUGUACCCAACAGUGCAGUAAUCAAAAUAUAUGAAAACACUAAGAAAUAAGAGAGGAAGCUAUAUACAGGGUCAGUGCUAAUACCAAAUGUACAAUGUGCAGGGAUACUUGAGAAUUUGAGGUAGAUAUGUACAUAUACUGUAGGCAGGGAAUAGGAGAAAGUGACUGGUAGCUGGAUAAAGAAUAAUAAUAUAUCAAAAGUAGAGUCCUAAAUAGGGAAUAGUGUGCCGUUUGGGAUGGACUGAGUUAGUUAGGGGUCUAUGACCAGUUCAAAAUGAUGCUGGUCAUCAUGAGCAUCAUAAGGAAUAGAACUCCUUUGCCCCUGUACUACUGCCUUGUCAAUGCAAACCUCCAGCCAUCUGCAAUAGAAUCUGACCUGCAUUCUCUCACGUGCUCUGGCUGUCUGCAUAACUCUCAUCUCUUUGAGUUUUAUUGAGUCAAUAAACAAACGAUUGUGAAAUGAA